GCGGCUCUGCCAGGACCCUCCCACCGCUAGGCCGGACCUCACUGUACGCAUAGAAAGCGUAUUUCAUAUUAAUGAAGACGCGCAUUGGUUCAGAGUCGCGUCAAUAUCUCGGCGCGACUUCUGUAGGCUUCCUUCACUAUUAUAUGUAGGGGAGCAGGGUAAAAGUACUAAUAAAAAAAUGUUGCCGAUCCACAACAAGACUGGGACGGACUGAAUGGAGGCAGCGCUGUCAGCGAGGGGAGAUAAUAAAUCAGUCUACAGUCAAGCCUGACACUCACCGAGCGCCUUGUUGAGUUCUUUGUAGACGUCCAGCCCUCGGCCUCCCCAUGCCUCCAUCUCCCCUUGACGACAGAAUUGUGGUGGCGCUGCCAAGGCCUAUCCGACCUCAGGAACUCCAACUGCGCCUGGACACCAGCUACCUGGACUCCAUCACCACCAGCAGCAGCAGCGACACAGUCAUCAGCACCACCGUGGUGAAGAUCCGGGCGACGGCCAAUCUUGUGACGUAUAUGCCCUCAUCCAAGGGCUCCACGCGAUCGUUGUCGUGUGGAUGCAGCAGUGCCAGCUGCUGUUCUGUGACUACCUAUGAGAAGGACAGCCAGAGCCUCAGCCACAGCCAGGUGAGUGCCAGCAGCCCCAACCUCAGUUAUGCCGGGCCUCCCACCUCGAUGCUCAGCAAACAUGAAGUGCUCAGCACCCCCAGUCUCACCCAGGGCCAGCUGAAGCCCCUAGCCACCCUGAGGGUUAUUCACCCCAAUGAGCUGGCCAAGCGGAUGACCUGCUGCCCACUGGGGCACCCCAUCGGGCCUGUCCCCGUCAUCAUUGACUGCCGGCCCUUCUUGGAGUACAACAAGAGCCACAUCCGUGGGGCUGUGCACAUCAACUGCUCUGACAAGAUCAGUCGGCGUCGGCUGCAGCAGGGCAAGAUCACUGUGCUGGACCUCAUCUCCUGCCGCGAGGGGAAGGACUCCUUUAAGGGCAUUUUUUCCAAAGAGAUUGUGGUUUACGACGAGAGUACCGCUGACCCCAACAGGCUGACAUCUGCUCAGCCUCUACACGUUGUCCUGGAAUCACUGAGGAGGGAGGGCAAGGACCCCAUCGUACUUAAAGGAGGCCUUAGCUGCUUCAGGCAGAGCCACGAAAACCUGUGCGAGCACUCGCUGCAUCUCCACGAGGGCUUGGACAAGGGCGCAUCUGCCGACCUGACGGGGCCUCUACCUCACUCUCUGCCCUCCACCCCGGACAUCGAGAACGCAGAGCUGACCCCAAUCCUGCCCUUCCUCUACCUGGGGAACGAGCACGAUGCUCAGGACCUCCACCUGCUGCAGCGCAUGAACAUCGGCUAUAUCCUCAACGUGACCACCCACCUGCCUCUUUACCAUUAUGACACUGGCCUGUUCAACUACAAGCGCCUGCCCGCCACUGACAGCAACAAGCAGAACCUGCGUCAGUACUUCGAGGAGGCGUUUGAAUUCAUUGAGGAAGCACAGCAAGCAGGAAUGGGCCUCCUGAUCCACUGCCAGGCAGGCGUGUCGCGAUCUGCCACCAUCGUGAUCGCUUACCUGAUGAAGCACAGCUGGAUGACCAUGACCGACGCCUACAAGUUUGUCAAAAGCAAGAGGCCCAUCAUCUCGCCGAACCUCAACUUCAUGGGCCAGCUGCUGGAGUUUGAGGAGGACCUCAACAACGGAAUAACGCCACGGAUCCUCACACCAAAGCUGAUUGGUGUGGAAACCGUCGUCUAGAUGAGCCGCUCGACCCAACGCUCUUUGCUAUGACCCACGCUGCUGUAUGAACCGGUUAGGGUGAAAGGUUAGGGUGUAUAUUUUUUUUUUAAAUCUCCUUGACGUCUUGGAGUCCUCUUGGUUGAUGGAGAUGAGGAUCAGAAGAAGGAGGCGAAUCUGGUGAAGAAGAAAGGACAAAGCAAAUUGAUCUUGCUUUGAUGCAUUUACAUAUAAAAGGGACUGAGGCACACAGUUUGCAGACUCAGGCAGGCAGGGUUGGCCACAGCAGUGCCUGUCUAUAUAUAAAUAAUAAUAAAAGAUAAAAGAUAAGGACUUGUUUGGCGUGUUAAUCUUGUUGUUCUAUUUUUAUACAGGGGUUUUAAGGAGAUGACCAUGACGAGCCAACAAAGGCUUACUGUGCAAUAAUUUCCGCUGAAUGCAACCUUGGUCUUAUAUGUGUAUAUAUUGGUAAUGAUCAAGAAAAACAUUUCCAGCUCUUUGCUGAAAAACCAUUUUAAUUUUAAUGUAACUACUGUUCAGCUCUAUAUGUGUUUAUGGUGCACACAGUUCUGCUGUAAGAUCUGGCACUGAUCUGUACAAGAACCAGAGGAAAAAAAUGUUUUACUUUAAGUACAGCUUAUGGCAUUUGGUUUGCUGAAGCAUAACUUCAUAUCUUGUGUGUUCGCUUUGGUGUGUCGGUUUUGCCAUUCGUGCGUCCGCGUAUAUUUUUAGCAAUACGUAUACUACCAGACAGCCAUAAGAGCUCUUUUUAUGCAUGGCUGCUGGUGGAGGAGCAGAGAGAGCGCUGAAAUAAUCGGUGAAUAUUGUAAAACAGGGCUACUGCUGAUGUUUAAUGUAACACAAGAGAGGACUUUCACUGCCGGCUUCUGUCUCCUCUGUUUGUUUUUGCUCCACUUCAUCCAUUAGCCAGCUCUGUUGCACUGUACUUCACCGUGUAAUGUCUGUGUCCACUCGCAUCCAAUCUUCUUGGCAGUGCCCCAUGUUCCCAGCUAUUACUCAGCGAAGUUCUAUGGUAGAAACGUUGAGGUGUGUACUUCAAAUAAACACAAAUGUCCUGUUAUGGGGUUUAGUGUAUUGUGACAGCAGUAGAGCAGAGCGUUGUAACCUUUAGGAGGAUUUGUUUUGAACUGCCUGCUGCAGUCACGUGCUGCUUCAGUGCCUCUGUCAAUGCCUUAAUUCAUCUGCGUUUGGGAAAACAGAAAACAUUGGCAUGCAAAAGGAAGACGUACUAAUAACUGAACAAAUGUCACAUGAGGAAAUACAAGUUUGGGCUGUAUUAUUUUUGUUUUGAGGUUGAUAUUUAAAUAUCAGAAAAAACUGUGUUCUUAUUACACACAUUUUAUUAGUAGAGUUGAUAUUUCUGAUCAAACAAGAUAAUAUAAAAAGGACAUCAAAAAAGGCAAAACAUUUCAUGGUAACUUUGAUUAAGUGGUGUCAGUUUUUUAUAUAAACAGCACAGCGGUAAACUGUAAGUCAGUGUGGCAUUAAAUAAAGUUUCUCCUACUCACCUUUGAGCCAUAUUAAACAUGCAUACAGCACAUUUUUGGUACCCCUGGUAAUGUCUAAAACACCUUUUUAACAAAUUCCUCUUAUAUAGCGGUAGCAAAAUCUCACAAUGAAAAUGUUAAAAAAGAGAAUCCGACUUUUUAUUUUUUUACAUUUAUUAUGCAAGGAACAAAAUUCAAUGUUACGACAUAAUUGGUUUUAUCACAAACACUGUUGUAACAGUUGUUGCUACCCCUAUCAAUUAAAAUGAAAUAAAUGUAACUAAAGCCCAUUUGAUGUAUACUUUUUGUUUUUAUUUUUAUUUGAUCAGAGUGCCUAUUAACCUUUAUUUUGAAGUCCAUAACUUUCUGUUUCCCAGGUGUAUAAAUAUAACAGAGGUCCAUUUUUCUUAGCCACUUGAAAUGGGAAAGAUGAGAGAACAUGACAUUUAAGAAAUGUGUGUUUUUGUGUCAGGAAAUUAAAACAAAGCACUUGCUGCUUGCCAAUCAGAGCAACAAAUAAAACUUUAAUAACAACAGGAGUUGUUAGUUGAUGGCUAAAGCUGGACCAGGUUUAUCCUUACACUAUAUACAGUGAGGAGGAUGGUAAUGUAGGUAAAAUAAAAUCUCCAAAGCUCACUUUUGGAGAACUGUGGAAAAGAGUUUCAUCCUCGGGUCACCAUUUCUUUAUGAUAAGUUAUUGUAAGAAACUAUAUACAUUUUUACAGUGGGUACUUGUAAAUGCAGAUGAUUCUUUCUGGACAUAAAAUUAUAAUACAGAAAGUUAGUUACUUUUAAAAAGGAAAACAUACUGAACCACAGGUUAUUCACUCUAGACUCCACUUUACCCCAUACCACCAUCUGCUUAGGUGUGAUGCUAAUCUACUAUACUUGCAAUAGACCAUAAUAAAAACAGACGGACUAAGUGAGAGCGAUAUAAACAGUUGAUUUCUGAACAAGGAGCAGGUGGAUUAGAAACUUGGGUGCAGCUGUUGGGGGAGGCAAGUAUCUGAAAUUGAACUGAGGAAAUAGGAGAAAUCGUUGAUAGAACAUGGGGAACAAGGGAGAAGAGUAGAAAUACAUAUUAAAUGCCAAAAUAAAGUUGAACACAAAACCAAAGUCACAAAGAUCAUGACCUAAGAUAUUUAAAUCCAGUGUAUCAGAUACUUGAUAUGUUUGUUUCAUAUUUUGCAAACUGAAUCAGUAUCAUUGAUGGGUGAAAAUAUGCCAGUAUAGUGUCUAACCAAAGUAUCUUUUGUGCGCCACACCUUUUGUUUCAGAGUUUUUUUGAGUUAUUGCUACACAGAUUCUACACAAUUGUUCGAUUUUGUCAUGCCAAUGAGAGUACUUUAAAUGGCAUAUUUUAUGCCAUUUUAAGCAUGUGUAUUAAACAGAGCACAAGUUAUGAACAUCUUUUGUAAGGAAUCUGUGUGUAUUGUUAAAAACUGGGCAUUUAAACACUUGUGAUCAAUGUUGUCUGUAGCCUUUCUGUUCAGGUCCGAAAAUUGGUCUAAUUGAGCUGUUCAAAAUCUGCCCAAAACAUUAAUGACUGACCUUUCCACUGAAGUAAAAAAACAAAAAAAACAAAAAACGGAUAUUAAAGCGAAUCCAAAGCUGAACUGAAGCAGCCUCUUCAUACAUGGCCCCAACUGUGUUUAUGUUUGUCGUGCUCCUAGUUUCUGUUCAGCUGUCCAUUGCAAGGCAUAAAAUGAAGCACAGGGCUAACAAUAACUUUGUCAAGGUGCCAAAACCAUCAUCUGUUUUCGAGUACACCCACUGCAUCAUUCAUCAUAUCUUUGAAUAAGAAUACAAUAGUUUAGAAAUGAUCAUCUGUUGCUUGUCAGUGGGAAGAAAGAUAAUACAAGUAUGUACAAACUGUCUGCUCAGGAUGGCUUGAGGACAGAGUUCUACAACAACCUGGAUUUAGAAAAAAUCCCUCAUGUGAAAAAUCAUGCUAUGCAAAAUGAAAUUGUCACAGGAUUUUUCCAACUAUCAUGAAAUUGUUUUUUGAUAGUGAGAUUUUGGAUUUUCUUUGUAAAAAGAAAAAGAUAGUAAGUCUGUUUAUUUUUGUUGCUGUCAUCACUUGUAUCUACUGGUGCUCCAUAGUAAAUCUGAGUAGGACAAAUAUGUUAAGAACCAUUUACAAGGUGUGCAUCUUAUGCAUCUUUAUUAAAAAAAUAUAGAUGGCAUAGAAAAUUUCUGAGCCAAUAUAUGAGAAAAGUUUAUGUUUUCAUUUAGUGUGCUGGUUCCUGCAACUUUCAGUAGCAAAUGGCUUUUUUAUUGAUCUGUCUGACUGAAAAAUCUGACUUUACUCCCUUACUGGAGAUGAAGCAUGCUGUGUGCUCCUGCUCUUUAAGGGGCCUUAUGGUGCUCUCUGUCUUUCAUACACUGUUCUUUCUGUGGAGGUCACAUCCUGACUGACGGCUCCAAAAGGCAUCUGCUCCCAUUUAUUUGGAAACCAGGUUCUGAAUUAGGACAAUAUCAAGCUGUCACGUUUGAUGCGGCCUCUUUACGACUUGGACUUGUUUAAGAGUGUCUGCUUUGGGCUUGGACGCUCUGGUGGAUUUGGGCUUCGCUCUUAAGAGUCACUGUAUACUUAUCUGUGUCUGUAGUCUACAGUCAAGUAUUUACAAUAUAUAAAUAUAUAUAUAUAUAUCUAUUUUCUUUGUAUGCAUAUAUUCAUUACUAUUUUUGCACUGACUUACUGAGAGAUGGAUUUAUAUUUCUUUUUCACAAAGGGUGCUACUAUACUGGAGGCCUUCUCCCACACCUUUUUGCAUGACUUGCUCAAAAGUUCUCAACUGGUCUGUUAUCUCUCCUCCUUGAACUGUUGCAACUGAAGCACUGUAAUUUUGUAAUCUCUACCUGUGAGCUUUGAAAUAAAGAGGGUGGCUUCAAAUUUG